AUGACUGCAGACUUUGAAUUAUCUCAUUUGAUCUCAAAGAGAGCGGCUUCAAGACAAACGUCUCAUUUUAGUAGGGGUCCUCCACCAAAGGACACUCCUCCAGGAUUCAAAGCAGCAGAGAAGUUCAUCCCAUUACAUUGGGGAACUCCUAAUGAAGGUUUCUUUCCCAUUGAGUCAAUUGAUGUCAAUGUUGUAGACCACCCUUUCCAAGCAAGUUUAGGAAAUAGUUUAACUAAUGCAUCACUUGAAGCUUUAUCAAUUUCUGGUCAAGAUUCAAAAAAUCAAAACUAUACAAAGGUUUCCAUUAAAAAACACUCAUCUGAUCCCGAUGCUUUGGAUUUGGCCCAUGGAUUGCAGUAUAGCGAAGUUAAGGGGACUCCUGAAUUGCUUAAGUUCACAAGGGAGUUUAUCACUAGGACUCAUAAGCCAAAUUAUGAAGAGUGGGACACUAUUACCUCCAACGGGGCUGGCGAAGGUUUGAACAAGGUUGUUGAGGCGAUUUUAGACCCCGGAGAUGUUGUUUUAGUUGAGGAGUUUACUUUCACACCCUUUUUACAAAACAUCCGGAAUGUUGGUGGAGUCCCUGUACCAAUCAAAUUAAACUUGUCCCACGAUAGCGAAGGUCUUGACAUAGAGUAUCUUACUGAUUUGUUAGAAAACUGGGAAGAAUUAAAGCCAGGAUUGAGCAAACCCAAAGCAUUGUACACCAUUCCGACUGGGCAGAACCCUACUGGAUUAACUCAAUCCAUUGGCUUGAGAAGGAAAGUAUAUGCUUUGGCAGAAAAGUACGAUUUUUUUAUUAUUGAGGACGAUCCUUACGGAUACUUGACUUUGCCUUCUUUCCAAAAGCCAAGCUCAACAAUUAAAUUAGACAAUUAUCUUACUGUUGAAGAAUAUUUGAAAGAUCAUUUAACCCCUUCAUAUUUGACUAUUGACAGUAAGGGAAGCGUUAUUCGUGUUGAGACCUUUUCCAAGCUUUUCGCGCCAGGAUUAAGAUUAGGAUUCAUCGUUGCUCAUGAGCGGAUUAUUGAAGUUAUGACCAAAUACAGUGAGAUUGUUGUUCGGUCGUCAUCAGGAACGUCUCAAACCAUAUUAACUAAUGUCAUUAAGCAUGCAUUUGGUGGUGUUGAUGGCUGGUUGAAUUGGAUUCUUAAAAUGCGGGCAACCUAUUCUCACCGUAAAGAUAUCCUUCUUAAUACCAUCUAUGAGUCUAAGGCAUACAAAUCAGGUUACAUUGACGUCAUCGACCCUCAUGCUGGGAUGUUUGCGUCUGUUAUUAUCAACUUCCCUUCUGGAACAGAUAUUGAAGCCAAGAUUAAAUUGUUGAUCUUCAAGUUUUUACAUUAUGGUGUGGGUGUUGUUCCAGGUAUCAACAUGGCAGCAGAUAAGGAGUUCAGCAAAGAGAGAGGAGCCUUUUUCCGUAUCACAUAUGCACCUGCACCCAAUGACCAAGUUUUAACUGAAGGUGGCGAGCUUAUGAUGAAAGCCAUUGUUGAUUUCUUUGAAAAGGACUUUGAGUUCUAA